UGUAGGUAUAACCACAGCAGCAGUGUGUGUGUACCCGGCUCGUGUCGCUGACGCUGUGAAGUCUCUCAAAGCGGCGAACUCCAGCCUACCUGUGGCAUCAGGUGAGUCAUGUGACCUCAAACAUAGUUUACCUGGUGGUGACCUCACCUGUCUAAACUCCUCCCCCUCGUCCCCCUUCUGUAGUGGCGACAGGUUUUCCUGCAGGUCAGACGCUGUUGGAGACCCGCCUACAGGAAGUGCGUCUGGCGGUGGCCGACGGAGCGACAGAGAUCGACAUUGUUAUCAACCGAAUGCUCGCCAUCACGGGACAGUGGGAAGGUACGCUCAGGUCACAUGACCACAAACACACACACACACACACAGUCAUGAUAACACCUGUGUGCGUCUGCGUCUCUCCAGCUCUGUACGAUGAGAUCUGUCAGUUCCGGGCGGCGUGCGGAGACGCUCACAUGAAGACCAUCCUGGCGGUUGGAGAGCUCAGCACCUUCACCGCCGUCUACAGAGCCAGCCUGGUCGCCAUGAUGGCCGGUACGUCCUGCAGAGUGUGUGUGUGUGUUUGAAAUUUUCGAAAACGGCGCCUGACUCUGUACAGGAGGAGAGGGUGAAACCACUGUUGACAGACAGCUGUAGAGUCAGUGUAGUUACAGCUGCUGGCCUCAGUGUGGCGCUGCUGCUCAGCUGUUACACGGCGCCGUAAUGAGAGCCCAGUGAUGGAGGUGAUGAUUAAACCUCCGUGUCUGCAGUCAUCUGUGAGCGUCAGGUCGUGGACUGAACCCGUGAUUUCACGUCUUAAAUAAUUCCACAUGAGGAGCUAAUUUGACGUCUUUAAUGAAAACUCGCCGUAUGAAUCUGCACGUCAGCGCGCCGCCUGUUCGCUCAGGAUGGAUGAGCUCCAUCAGGUUAAUAAUGCUGAUCCAUUAUCUCUAAUUAACACACAGAAACACUGAGCUCAACUCCUCUCUAAUGGACCCAAAACGUCCCUCUGCCCGGCUCUAAUGAAGCGUCAUUACACCGCUCUGCACGGCAUUCUGGGUAAUCUAUUAACCAGUCGCACUCUAUCUUCUAUUUUUAUCAGAACGCCGAUAAAAUGCAAAGACGAUGGAGAAAGGGGGCGUUAUAACUGAUGGAGCAGUCUACGCCACGCUCGCUGUUAGCCGUUAGCAGGUGUUAGGUCUCUGUCAGGUCUGUACAGGUGACGCUGAAGGUAACUUCCUGUUAAAGGUAGAGUAGUCAGGAUCUGAGGAAGUUCCAGUUCCCCUCAGCUCCUCCUCUCCCCUCAAGCCCCGCCCACAAACAGACGAUCCUGCUCGCUCGUCCAGGACCUGAGGUCAACAGUUUAGCGGCGCUACAACACUUUUUAGCUUUUGUCCGGUCUACCUCCGUUUUAAGCGCCCGUUAUUCCUCCAGAGUCUCCGGUAUUUACUUUGUUUUCUUGCUUGUGUCGGCAGUCGUGGCCAAAGGAGGAUUCAGACAAUUUUCCGAACUUUCUGGUUGGUUUCUACUGUCCGAUAUUGUAGCACGCUAACAUUGUUUGGGCUCCUGAACGACACGGGGGAGCAGCAGUUUCUUGUUGACUGUUUUCUUGCUGACUGUUUUCUUGACUGUUUUCUUGUUGACUGUUUUCGUGCUGACUGUUUUGGUGUUGACUGUGGUUGACUGUUAUCUUGUUGACUGUUUUCUUGUUGACUGUUUUCUUGCUGACUGUUUAUGGUUGACUGUUUUCUUGUUGACUGUUUUCUUGCUGACUGUUUUCUUGUUGACUGUUUUCUUGUUGACUGUUUUGGUGUUGACUGUGGUUGACUGUUAUCUUGUUGACUGUUUUCUUGUUGACUGUUUAUGGUUGACUGUUUUCUUGUUGACUGUUUUUUUGCUGACUGUUUUCUUGUUGACUGUUUAUGGUUGACUGUUUUCUUGUUGACUGUUUUCUUGCUGACUGUUUUCUUGUUGACUGUUUUCUUGUUGACUGUUUUCUUGUUGACUGUUUAUGGUUGACUGUUUUCUUGUUGACUGUUUUCUUGUUGACUGUUUUGGUGUUGACUGUUUUCUUCUUGACUGUUUUCAGUUUUGACCAAAGGAGGAUUUGACUGUUUUCUUGUUGACUUUCUGGUGUUGACUGUUUUUUCUUGACUGUUUUCUUUUUGACCGGUUUGGUGUUGACUGUUUUCUUGUUGACUGUUUUGGUGUUGACUGUUUUCUUGUUGACUGUUUUCUUGUUGACUGUUUUCUUGUUGACUGUUUUGGUGUUGACUGUUUUCUUGCUGACUGUUUUCUUGUUGACUGUUUUCUUGUUGACUGUUUUCUUGAACACAGAGAUAUCGAUAUAUUACCAAAUAAUCAAUAACUAAUAACUAUUGACUGAUAUUAGAAGAGUUUUUGUUUAUACACCACAAAAUAAAGACGCUUGGUGUUCACUGUUUUCUUGCUGACUGUUUUCUUGUUGACUGUUUUCUUGUUGACCUAACCUGUGUGUGUGUGUGUGUGUGUGUGUGUGUGUGUGUGUGUGUGUGUGUGUGUGUGUGUGUGUUUGUCUCUGCAGGUUCCGACUUUAUAAAAACAUCAACAGGUAAAGAAUCUGUCAACGCCACCUAUCCCAUCGCCAUAGUGAUGGCCAGAGCCAUCAGAGACUACUACCUGUCUACGGGACACAAGGUGACUACACCGUGAAUAUAAACCUGUAACUACACCUGUACUAUACACUUGUAACUGUGUGUGUGUGUGUGUGUGUGUGUGUGUGUAGGUGGGUUUCAAACCGGCCGGCGGUAUCAGGACGGCUCAGGAGGCUCUGGUCUGGCUCACCCUGAUCAAAGAGGAGCUGGGAGACGAUUGGCUCCACCCACACCUGUUUCGCUUUGGAGCCAGCAGCCUAUUGGCUGACAUCGAGAGACAGGUGAGAGACACACACACACUCACACUCACACGCACUGACACACACACCCUGGCUCUGGAUGAAAGUGUGUUUUUGUUGUUUUCAGAUCUACCAUCAUGUGACCGGACAGUAUGCAGCCUAUCACGAGCUGCCCAUGGCCUGAUCAUGUGACCUGUUGGAAGACCUCAGACCACACACACACACACACACACACACACACACUUAAUAAAGACUCUAACUGUGUUCGAUGAGUUCUUUGUUCUGAUCCAGAGACUCGGUCUCAUCAGAAACUGGUUGCUGUUUCUCUGAUCAGCUGACCUGAAGCGGUCCAAUCAGAGGCCAGGCUUUGUCUCAGCCGUGGAGGUGAUUAAAGUCAAACUGAAAUCGAUCACAGCAUCAAUUAUAAUAAAAUGGUUUGAUGACAGAA